AUGGAUAUUGACGAUUAUUUGAAUGUCGAUAGUCCCAGUGACAUCGGUGCGAAUGUACUGUUAAAUCCGGAAGAUUCUGACAAUUCUCGAGGGUCGAAGGUUGCGCCUGGUUUCAAUGCGAUGAAUAAUAGUAGGAAAUGUGGUGUCAAGCUGUCUGACUUCGGUGGUGAUAUACUGUCAGGUUUUAAGGAGUUUGGGUUCAGUGUCGCGAAUUCCUUUUCGAAAGAAACUGGUGAUAAUAACAAAAACGCACCUUCAAUCCCUAGUCUUAGUAUAAAUGGUGUCCUGGCUCACGAUAUGCUUAAUCGCAGUGUGAAAAGUAACGCCCAGCUUCAGCAGCCACCUAGCGUCAACCGUAACAACGGUAGAAAUGCUAAUAAAUAUGUGUCACAUGAAUUGAAUAUACCAAACACAGAUCCAUCUUUUUUGUUCCCUGCCUUGUCCACUAAUGAGACUGACAAUUUGGAUACUGUGUCGUCGGCAUCUAACUCACCAUAUAUUUACCCAUCAGAUGCAAUCUCACCAAGUACUGGGUACCUUGCUCUGGAUAGCGAUGUGGAUGAGUUGCUUAGCGUUCAUUCAGACUUAUCCGAUGUUUCCAAAGAGUACCAGUACAUUUCAAAUUUAUCGGAAUUACAAGAAUUGACAGGCAACGUUAAUGAUCCUUUGCCUGAUUAUGUUGAUAGUCAAUUCAGCCAGUUGCAAGAAUUGACUAACCUGGCGGGUCAAUCUAAUCAUAAUACUCAGGUGGAAGAUUUACCGAUGCCACGGAUAAGAGUCGAUAAUACCAAUGUGACUCCACCAAGAAUCAAAAUUGAACAGUUUGAAAGCGCGUCGAACUCUUCCAGACCUGUACCCACUGUAGGUACAGUGACAAGUACUUUUGAUACUACUCAUUCAGAGCUGUCGACUCCUUCCACUGCAUCAUUUGGGUUCAAUAAUUCUCAUCAGAUGUUCUUAGAUGCUACAAAAAACAAUGAUAGCCACAAUAAUAAUGCACAGGAUACUCAGUCUACGUUAGAUAUGUCAGAACAAGUAUCUCUACAGAAUGCACUGUCAUUGCAACAUGAUUUACUUUCGGUUACUACACUUCAAGGCAGACUCCCGUUAGAAAAUGACAAUAUUUCAGAUACCUUUGAUAAGAUGCUUGAAGGACGAAGAAAUAGAAAUAGAUCGCAUUCUAGGUCACACUCUAGAUCACGUUCGACAUCGAGAAAGUCUAUUUCUACAAGGUCCUUGUCUCCAGAUGAACGUGCCCGUUCUCUUAGUAGAGAUCGGGAACAUCUUUUGAAACUUGGAGGCAAAGUUCCUAAUACUGAGGAUAAACCAAAAGAUAAUGGCGAGUCAACUUUGAACUUGAUUGGGACUACAAAGAAAAAACAAGCUCAAAAACAUCCGGCAGUUUAUGCAUGUGAUAUCUGCGAUAAAAAAUUCACCAGGCCUUAUAAUCUCAAGUCACAUCUACGAUCACAUACGGACGAGAGACCUUAUGUGUGUUCCGUUUGCGGUAAAGCAUUUGCUAGAAUGCAUGACAAAAAUCGUCAUGAGGAUCUUCAUACAGGUAAAAGAAGAUAUGUCUGUGGAGGUAUAUUGAAGAACGGUAAUUCCUGGGGCUGUGGUAAGAAGUUUGCCAGAAGUGAUGCCCUAGGUAGACAUUUCAAGACAGAACUGGGUAAAAAGUGUAUUUUACCGUUGUAUGAAGAAGCCGAAUUGGAAAAGAAGGCUAAUGAAGCUUCACAAACAGCAGAUGCCGGCGGUUCAGGUAAGAGCAGAACUGAUGGAAGCAUAUGA